GCGUGAGUGCGUGCAUGCGUGUGCGUGUGUGUCUCCGUAGGUCAAUGGCCUGACUUUUGAUGGUUUUAUUCUACACUUUUCAGUACAUUGGCUGCCUGAAAGUCAACACGUCCAUGAAGAGUUUGAAUUUUGAUACCAGGUCUUUAAUAGCAAAAGAAUGCAUCAGCAGAGUGUGUGAAGCGGCAGGCCUGAAGACUGCUGACAGGAAAAGGAAGGUAGUGAAGACCAUAGGCAGGAUCCUGGGUGAGAGACCCAUGAUGGAGCACGCUGGAAGUAAUGUGAACUUGACUAUCACAAGCACAGCACUCACUCUCUCCAUCUUGGAGUCUGGGCAGGUAGUGGCAUGUCAUGAUAUGCCCAAUAUAUCCUUCGCUUCGGGGGGAGAUCCGGAUACUUUAGACUUUAUUGCCUAUGUAGCCAAAGACAGUCGGUAUGGACGUGCGUGUUUUGUGUUGGAGUGUGGUGGAGGUCUGGCACAGGAUGUAAUAACAACAAUUGGCCAGGCUUUUGAACUCAGGUUUAAGGAGUACCUCAAGAGAACCCCGUCCGUCCAGUAUACCAGCGUAAAAUCUGAUAAGUCAGGUAUGAAUGGCGAGGGUGCUGGUUGGGGUCGUGAUGACCCGGAAUACUAUAAUGACCUCCCUGGAAAGGUGCCUCCAGACCUUCCUCCACCUCCAGUUCCUCCUCUCCCUCAAUACUCGGCCUCUGAUAGUAAGAGACCCACCAUGGUUACAUCAGUGCAGGUCCCUGCAACUUCAUCAAGCAGUGGGUCAACGAGCUCUGUGUCUCCAGUCCCUUCUUCGGGAGCCUCAACUAUACUCCUCAACUCACACCAGCCACUCACAGGAAAAGUGUCUGACAACUUGAUAGAUUUUACCUCUGAAGGAGCCCAGCCUCCCCCUAUGCGGUGCGAGCCAGAAUACGUCAACGAUGCUGUUAUUAAGCAGAAGCAACUUCUUGACCAAAGAGAUCCGUUUGACAUGCAGCCCUUCAUCACCCAGUUAUCACAACUAAGUGGAGGUGUUAGUGGUGGCAGUGCAGCUGGAGCCAUUGGUGGAGCAGGAGCUGUAGCUUCAGGAACUGUACCCAGCUCUGGGGCGGUUGGAGGGAAUACAAAACCUCUCCCACUGAACCAGCGAUUACAGCUACAGAGGGAGCCUUGGUUCCAUGGUGCUAUUAGUAGGAAGGAGGCAGAGAUGCUGUUGCUGCAGGAUGGUGAUUUUCUGGUGCGUGAAUCCCAGGGAACUGCGGGCCAAUAUGUUUUAACUGGAAUGCAGAACAAUACAAAGAAGCACCUCUUGUUAGUUGAUCCCGAAGGAGUGGUCCGGACAAAGUCAAGAACCUUUGACAGUGUCAGUCACCUGAUCAACUACCACCGAGACAAUGAGCUGCCCAUAGUAUCGGCAGAGUCAGCCCUUGUCUUGCGUAAUCCUGUGUUAAGACGUAUACGUUAGCACUCAAGAGCAAAAUAUAUAUAUAUAUAUAUAUAUAUAUACACACACAUAUAUUUAUGUAUAUAUAUAUAGUAAUGUAUAUAUAUAUAUUUAUGUAUAUAUAUUUAUGUAUAUAUAUAUAUAUAUAUAUCAAGACUUUUUCAGCCACAGAGAAACAGUGAUAGUGCACAUAUGUUAUAAAAGAAGAGUGUCAUGCAGCAGGUAGCAAGCUGAGCCGAGUUUUUUUUUUUUUUGGGGGGGGGGGGGGGGGGGGGGGGAAGCCUGGUUUGCAGCGGCUGUGCGACCCGCGUAACAACAGUCUCAACUUUGGGUCAUCAUCAUCAUCUGCAAGGCUUUCCAUUUUUUUAUGUAUAUUUGCACAUACAAACAUACAUUAAGAUUUAUUUCUUUUGAUUGUAAUUGUUUAUGUGUGCAAUUAAAUUUAUUCCUGUUUUUAAUGAUAUACUGAAAAGAUAUAAAGUUUUGUGAAUUCCCUCAGUGUAAUCAGGCAAGUUGUUCUAUAUAGCAUUUGCAAAAGCUCGUGGACUUAGUAUUCGUUUUUGUGCAACUGGGUACUUGAUGUAAGCUUUAUUGGGUAUAUCUAGAAGAAACAGGAUGUCAUUUAGAAAUAUUGUACAAGCAUAUGCUUUUAAUAUUGAAAAAUAGAAAUACAAGGGCUUUGGAAGUUCUCUCUGUCACCUCAGUCAUUGAGUGAGAUACUUGCGGCCAGAAAAUGCUCAUAACGAAAUGGAAAUCCCAGCAUUUCUAGUUGGUAUACCCAGUGUUUGGUUAAAUCGGUUAUCUCCCGGGCAACUUAUCAUAGCUGUUUACACCCUUAAUUUUUCACUCUUUUUCACCUGUUUGUGUUCAAAGAAUAUCACUAAUUUCAUGCUGAAUAUAUUUCUUGAAUAUUGUAAAAACAAAAAGCAACAAAAAAAUAAGUAUAUAACAUUUUAAAUGGGACACUUAUUUUUCUAUUGUCCAAUUUUUACAUUACUUAUUCUAAUGUAGUCCUUUUAUAAAAAAAAAAAAAAAAAAAAUCAGGUGUUUAUUCAUUGCACAAUUGCACAAAGUCUCCCCAUAGAAAAGAAAUCAGGACCUAUUAGUUCUUGGAUGUAAUUACAAAAGGCAUGUGUUGGGUGCUUUCAAACUGUUGUGAAUUUGUCUUUUUUUUCUCUUUUUUUUCCAAGGGGAAGAAGAGAGUUUGGUAAACUUCAGCAUAUAGUAAUAUUAAUUCAGAAUGUCACUAGGCAUCUAUUUUUUUUCUCAGUGAAAUAGAAAAAAAAAAAAAAAAGGUCAAGUUCAUUCCUUUAUGAGAAAAAGAAUAACAUGAAGUGCACAUGAGGGCUGAGUCCCUUCUUAGUCAUUUGAUUUAAAAGUUUGAGCACUUGAUAUAGGCCUAGAUUAAAUAUAUGAUUAGCUGAUUGAUUAGACUGUCUUCUCUCCUUGUUAAACAGGAGUCUUGAUGAUUCCAUAUGGAUUUUAUCUUUUUAUGUUUUAUUUAUCUAUUUUCUUUUUUUUUAAUAUAGGUGGCUAACUAGUCAGAAUUUGCCAUCAUGAAAAAUGUUUUUAUUCUGAAUUUUUAUGUGUACAGUAAUAUAUACCUUUAAGAUAAGUAUCUUCACAUUUCAGUCUCCUAAUUAUUAGGCCAAAAUGCAAUAAUAGAAUGGUAAUAUAUACCCAUUGUUACAGGACAGUCAUCAGUCUCACAUUGUCUGGAACUUAGAGCUGUCAUUCAGCCCAAACAUGUGGUGGGAUUCCUUAAUUCCAAACAUUACUUUUUCUUGGCCAUGGAUGGGGCUCCAGGCUCUCACAAUUUUUUUUCUGGAUUUUUUUUUUUUCUCGGAAAUUCUCUUCAUUUGUUUGUUGAUGUCAUUGCAGUAUUCAGUACCUUUACCCCUGCAGAAUUUGCAGAAUAGUUGCUACUAGAUGUCAAGUUGACUUGAACAUCUGAUUUCUAUAUUCAAAAAAAUUAUACAAUUUGAAGUUGUCAGUUAACUAGCCUCUGAACACUUUAAAUAUGUUAUCAUAUGCUUAGCCAUGAUUUUUUUUUUUUUCUUUCUUUCAUUUUUAAUCCCCACAUUGGUUCCUGAAGAAUGCGAGAUAGAUACUGAGCACAAUAGACCCUCCAAGUCUUUCCCUAAAGCCUUGCAUUCUUGUGCCCUCCCAUCACUUGUGCCUCGAACGGUUCCCGAGCUGUAUAACGGAUGAAUCUGUUUGGUGCUUGGCCCAUGGGUCUGACAACUCACUUUUAUAUAUGCUCAAAAUGUAUUAAUACAAAUCCCAUUCAUUCAACUUUCUGGUAAAAAAAAAGAAGAAAAAAAGAAAAUGAAAAUUUAAUAUGUAUCACUGUUAAUAGCUGAAGUUACAGCUGGAGAUAACGUUGUCCAUUAAAUUACACGAGAAUGAGGAGGGUUAACAGGUUGAUUGUUAGAAUUUGUUUUAUUUAUUCUUUUUAUUAUUUUUUUUUUUUUUGUCAGUAGAUACCUAAAAUAGAUAAAAUCUUGCCAUGUACACUUUGGCAGAUGGAGUGAAAUAAAAUCUGAAAAUAACUGCAGAUCUAAGCAUUAAAAUAUUUGUAUAGUAACCUACAUUCUCCCAUUUAAUCAGUACAAAAUACUGUUUCCUCAGGCCUGGAAUAGUUCAUCUCUUUGGUUCUGUAAAAAAUAAAAAAAUAUAUAUGUGUACAUAUAAACAGAUGAAGCACACACAAAAAAUGCAGAUACAUCAAUAUAAGAAUGAAUAGAGGCCCACCUUUUCCCUGUUGUAAAAGGCAGAAGAAUGCAUUGAUUCAAUUAGUUUCAUAUACCCAAAAGUCUCCUUUCUUCAUAGAAAGAGAAGGUUUGAAAUGGACUUAGGUAAGAAUUUAUUUGAAGACAUAAAUUUGUAAAUAUUAAUAGGACACUUACAUAUUGAAAAAAAAAAAAAUUAUGUAAGGGAACACUAAUUGUAUACAUAAUUGCUGAGGUGAUGGGGGAGGCAAAAAUAUUUACAUUGUCAUUUAAAAAGAAAACCAUAAGAGUUAGGGAAUCAUCGCUAAUAGGUAGUGGAUCAUAGAUUACAGGUAGUUAUUAAUGAUGUGUUGAUAACCAGUAGCUUUCCUCAGACAUGAUCAAUGCAGGUAGCUUUAAACUUUCCACAUUCCUUGCAAGACACGUAACACUAUUUUUUUCUAAAUAGCAGCUUUAUGGAACCAAAGUCCUAUUAUUUCAUUAUUUUUAGAGAGCUUGGUUUUUGUAUACAAGAAGAAUGGGAUCUCAAUAACUCCUUAAAUGACCUGCCAAGUGAGAGAGAGUUUCAUCUCCGUCAUGAAGAGGUUACUGACCAGAAGGCAUUUGUAAAGGAGGAGAAUGCAGGAAGAGGAGUUGAAUGUAAUUGCAUGAACAAAAACAAUUUGGAAGUUAUUCACCUUGGCAAAGAAGGAAAGACUUGAGAAAUUUUCUUAGUCCCCAAAUAUUUAUUUAUAACAACACUGUAGAAGUACAAGAGCCCAAGAAUCUUGUGUUCUGAGAAGGAGCAAUAUACAGUUUAAUUCCCUCUAACUUUGGUUGACCAUUACUUAAUGAUAUUUAUCAUUAUUAAUAGUGCAACAUUUGUUAUUAAGUCCUCCCUUAUUCCUUGUGUAUAUCAGAUGUCUUGUGUUUGUGUUCAGACAGUCCAUAUAAAGAGCAAUAGGUUUAUUGUAACCCAACUAGCUAACUGUAAACCAAAGAAGUAAUGUAGGGACUGGGAAUAUAUGGGUAACUAAUCCAUUUCACAUUUUAAUAUCUGUAAGAAGCUACUGAAGCUCUAUUUUUCAACAAAUAUUUUUGCUACAUGAAAUGACUGUGUCAUUAAUGACAAACUUGCCUUGUAGUUUUUAGAAGUGACAUGUCCUCAUUUAGUUCUUUGUAUUAUAUAUUGUAUUAUACUGUAAUUCAGUCAAUAUUAAGAUUACAUUCAAUUGUACAUAUGAUCAUGGUAUUUUAAUGUUGUGUGUGCCAAAAUAUGACAUUUGUUACUUAUCUAUUGGCUAUUGAUAAUCAAAAUGUCUCUUUAUAUUAGUUACUUGUGACUUGGCUGACUUUGAAAAUAAUAUAUAAAUUGAAAUGUGUGAAUGAAUAUAAAUCACUGUAACUUUGUAUUAAUUACUGAAUAAAAUAUCAUAUAUAAA